AUGGCAAAAUUACUCCUCGCUCUACUAAUCAUUGUAAUCUCCCUAGUAGCUUUAUUAAGCGUGGAUAAUGUUGUGGAGGCAAUUGUUUGCCAACAAAAUUUUGAAUAUCCAUUGUAUAAACAAUGCGGCCAGCCAUGGUCUAAUGACUUGUUUGGUCGUAGCUCUAUUUGUUAUACUGGAUCUUUGAUUACAUCAAUGAGCAUGGCUUUGAACGGUCGGAAGAUAUCUUCCAUGAAUCCUGGUCAAUUAAAUUCUUGGGCACAUACAGCUCUUAAAGAAUGGUUUGAUAAGUGGAAUGAUGAUGAUAGAGCAUUGGAAAAUGCCUUAGUACAUGGCUUGGAAAAGCUUGGCAUGAAAAACACUAAUUACUAUCCGAAUAAUAAUUGGAUUGGAGAGAUGGUUACUGAUCUUUGCAAGGGAAAGGUUGUUCUUUUACAGGUUGCCAAAGAUGACUAUAACAAAUACUGGACUCUGGCCACUGGUUUUGAUGAGACAACAUUCACUGUUAAUAAUCCAGCCUAUUCCAAGACAGUUUUUAAUGCAAUGGAAGUUAAGAGUGCUGUUGUUUUCGAACAAAUCAAUCAAGAAUUCAUGAAAUAUUUUGAUUGUCAUGUUGAAAUAGUUAAAUUGUAA